AUGGCGUUCGCUAAUUUUAGGAAACGCGAAGAUGAACCGCAAGAGUUCUACGUCCAUUUGAACUCAGUCUGCGAGCUCAAGGCCACACAAGAAACAGAAAUAUUGAAGCAUUUUGUAUCCGACAUGUUGCAUCGGUCUUCGCCGAAUUCACAACGGCGUGCACAUACGUUGAUGAAACUCGCGCCCAGAAUCGAAACGGAGAAUAAAAAGUACAUCAAGGAACGAAUGUAUAGAAAGCUUGCGACCGAAGCACAAAACGCAGUUUUUGGCAAGCCGUAUGCGCCUGACAACGCCACGGACCAGUAA